UCUCUUUGCAGCGCAGAGCCCUCACCUGCCUACUACGAGUUCGUCGGUGUCCGCAGCUGCCAGGACGUCCUGCACCUGUACCGCCUGCUCUGGGCCUCUGCGGUCCUGAACAUCCUGGGCCUGUUCCUGGGCAUCAUCACCGCCGCUGUCCUGGGGGCCUUCAAGGACAUGGUGCCUCUGUCCCAGAUGGCCUAUGGCCCUGGAGUUCCUCCGCAGACCCUCUACAACCCUGCCCAGCAGAUUCUGGCCUUCGCAGGCUUCCGCCCGACGCCCGAGGCCGUCCCAACCUGCUCAUCCUACCCUCUGCCCCUUCAG